AAAUGGCCGAAGAUGGUAAGAUGAAGCCGACAACUCCUCUUCUCAUCUCAUAUCUUCUUACUUUCACAUCAUCCCUUUUUCAAUAAUUGAUUUUGCGGCGGUGCCUUCCUCGAGUAACCCUAGAUCUCACUCAAGAAGGCAAAUUUGAAAUAUGGUCAGCAGGAAUUCAUCAUGGAUUUUGAAUGACUUCUUCAUAGAUAUUAAGAUUUCUGAAUGAUUCAUGGCAAUUUUGAGUUAACACGAUUCAGAGAGCAAAGAGCUUCUGACUUGGGGUUUGGUCAAGGCCAUCCUAAUUGGAGAAUGUAUCCUCUCACAAACUAAGAGGAAUCUUGAGGCUCAAGUAGGGGGUAAUGUUGGAUAGGAAUGAGGAGAACAAUUGCUUCAUAUUCUCAUUCCUCGGAAACCCUUCGUGCAAUGUGUUGUCUCAAUCUGAAAGGCCACUUACCUGCGUAGAGCAUGGCUUGGGGUGGAUUUGCAAAUUCAUCGUGUUUGAUGAGGCAUAUUCCAGUGGGCGAGUCACCGGAACUCAAUCUGAUUUUGGGUAUUCCAAAGAACUAAACUCUUUGGAUGGAUUGAGUGCUGAAUUUGUCAAAGCAUUCAUAGGCAAUGACUAAGGAGUACUAUGGAAGGAUGUAUUUUUGUGAACUCUAUGACAAAUUAGUGUUUAGAGUUUCAAAAUUUUUAUACUUCAGAAUGAAGUUCCUAAUACGGAGUAUUUGUUUUGAGAUUUUGAAGAUUGAUUACUCAACAAGCGUUUGAGAGGGAAAAAAAUAUUAGUGAAAUUU